AUGCCCACGAUGGCGGAUGGAGAGUCAAGGGGCGUUCUCUUAAUUAAGGCUGAUGAUUGGGAUGACUUUACGAAUAAUCUUGCUACAGACUUGGCUCCUUUAAUCACAUUAUUCGGCGAACGACUAACGAAACAAUUUCUCUCCGAGUCCAUCAGCACUCUCGAUAAUGUCAUCUUCGCCCUUUCACCAUUAGGGGUCUUGACUUCCGUCGUGUCAGUGAUUAGAAUCUGCGGAAGUUCUUCCCUCAGGGCAUUCGUAGGACGAGCUCAGGAAGGCCCUGCCGAAGCCGAAAGUGAACUUCUUCCUUGCGUUUCAGAAUCCACUGCGGAGUUGUUCAAUGAUGGCGGCAUCACACGAGUCUUUGGCCGGCCUAAGAUCGUGGAGAUAGUGGCCUGGGAGGAUGUGGACCCCAAUACUGGAAAAAUGGGGACAAAUAUUGGCACUUUGAAAGAUGCCCUCGAAGAAAAGGCUUGGUCUUGCAAUAGCAAACAUCGACCUAGUGAACUACCUGAACUGCAUAUUCCUAAUCUGUCAUUGAACAAGGGAAUCAAGAGGAGAGAUCAAUUUUGGUUUCAUUGUGCUGCAAUACUUGGUGGUAUACUACAGAGUGGCACUGUGAUGUACGCUACACUCACGGUGUUUGUAUACCCGCAGCAUUUCCAGAAAAACGACAAAGCUGUUGCCUCAUACGCAUUUCCGUUUUAUAUUGUCGGGACAACCCUUCUGUUUAUCGGGAUGUUCUUUUGCGCAUUCAUCAUGGAGCGUUCCUCCAAGGAGUUCUAUCUCAAAGCAGAAAAGCCAAGCAAGAUAUACUGGUUGCAGCCUGGUAAUCAAGAUGUGGGCGACCAGGUCUUCAAUGCUUUCUUGGCUGUAAAUGAAGGACCAAACUCCUCAAUGACCAAGAAACUUCGUUACAUUAAAUCGAUCAGAGAUCGAAGAUUUGACACGAAGUACUUGGAGAUCUACUCUACCCUCGCAUCAACAGUUUUGGGAUUCAUCUUCCAGUUCAUCGGAUUGAGAGGCCUCCAUUCAUCUGUCACCCUAGCCCAGCUGGGAUCAACAUUCCUAAUGGCUAUUAUACGUACCUGUCUGCGCACAGAAAGAAUGACACCGGACGAAAACAAGAUGAAAGACGAUCGGGAGCUCACGUCUCAUAAGCAGCAAGAGAUGGAUUGUUUUGCGUUUUACCUCGAGAAAGUAGAGUCUUUUGAACUCGCCUCGAUCCCCGAUCGACCAGAAAAUAUGCCUUCACCGAGAUCCACGCCUCAUCUCGCGACUCCUUUGACCGAGCAAUUAAUUCGAACUAGGACCCAGCUGGCGAGACUUACGACUAGCUCAAGCCAGAACCUAGGCGUUGAUUGGAAGGGAAUGCCUAUUCGCCAAAUGGCCGACAGCCUCGCAGAGACGAUUGAGUCGACAAUGGAUUUGAUGUCUAGCUGGGGAGUUGACCUUGGAAAGACCUUUGAGUUCAGACUUGGCUUUAGGUGCAAGGAAGCCUCUCCAGGACCUGUUACUCAAGCUCCGGGAACAUAUUUAGUCGGUCUCAUGCGAUGUGGCGAUGCUCUCCGGUGGAAAGUGGAUGUCAGUGAGCUAGAAGCGAUUCUAGGCUUGUGGACCUGGUCACUUUAUAAGUCGGAUAAGAACUGGCGGAACUCAACUCUUUGCCGCCUUAUUGGAUUGAAUAAAGACGAGGCAAGUAGAGAAGAAACAUUUCUCUACUUUCACAAAUGGAUCUUCAGGCAAACGGAAGCGAGACUAUUACCAUCUGCAGUGUAUGGUAAUUCACCCCGCCUGUUCAGUUUCGAGCCCAAGGGCAUUUCCUUCGGAGGGAGAGUCCUGGCUGUCAGGACAGAGAAUAAACUAGAGGCCAUGGUAGCCCAGGAUAUCUACAUUCAGUUUCUCAAGGAGGUGUUUCUCAACUUGCAUGAUCUGGGGGGGGAUGUUGAUCUUGUGCCUGGAUUGCAAAGUUCAUUUCUAGCAUCCAGUACUCGAAUUGAUGGUCUCAUACGUUGUUUUGAGAAAAGCAACUUGGGCUCAAGAGAAGAUGCAUUGCUAUGUAUUGUUCCCGUCCUUAGGCAUAGGGGUCUGUUACCAGAUCUCGCGGCAGACUCGGCCAAGGUCAGGGCACGCAGGGAGCAGCUCAUUGAACAAGGUGAUUGGAAAGGUGCAUUUGCACUUCUCCGUUGGAUCUGCCAGCGGUCAGAGAGUUCCCAGUUUGAGCGAUCGGUCUAUGAACUGGGAUUCCUUUGCCGCCAGGCACUUUUCAGCCCACACAAACAUGUUCGCAAAGAAGGACUCGAACAGACAUGCGCGCUUCUAACGUCCGACAUCAGAGACGAAUUCAUUAAGGUCCACACAAAUUUGCCGCCCUUACAAAGAUCCUUACACCAGGAUCGUGUGCAAUGGUGGAACUCAUUCUCGCGCCAGCUUGGAUGGAUUGCGUGGAACAUUUCAACCAAUGUUCCAGGCAUGGCAUUCUGCCAACCCACUUUGAGAUCACUCAAUGUGUCUGAAGAUCUGCAUGGAUCACACGAUCAGAACCAAGACCCAGAUGCAAUCCAAAAGGGCAUUUGCGCUGUUAAAGAUUGGCUUACGUUGCAUAAGAUCGAUAACAUUAAGCGUGAAGAAUACUCCGAGGAUGAAGUUCUCGGAUUUGAGUGGAUGAUUAGAAACAACUUCCAUGCUUUGUUAUACUUUCUUUUGUUGCGAUGGGUGGAAGUUAGCGAAGAACUUCCCGCUCUUGUUCGGAUUGGGUAUAGUCUUGCAGCAAGGACAAGAUCCGAACGAGCACUUGACAUACUUCGCCGACAGGGUGCGGAUAUUGAGACGAUAGGUCCGGACAAUCGCUCGGCAUUAAAUGAUCAGGUCUGUACGCAAGACCUCGAGGGAAGCCGACUGCUAUUGCAAAAUGGAGCCGACCCCAAUGGCAACAUACAACAGAUGAAGAUCAGUUCACUUGCAAUCGCUGCCCAUGAAGGCUUUGACGACAUUGUGACAUUACUUUUACAGUUUGGAGCAAACAUUGAGAUUCCAGAUCAUGUCGGUCUCCGUGCCCUACAUUGGGCAACCAAGAAUAACCAUUUUGAUACUGUCCGGCUGCUAUUAGCCCAUGGAGCAGAAAUCGACCCACUGGGGUCAGACGACUUAACGCCGCUCCAUUCAGCCGCCAUGAAUAGCCAGAUUCAGAUGGCUGAACUCCUCAUUAAAGGGGGAGCCGAUGUCAAUGCUAUAGGUCAAAACGGCCAAACUUCAAUGAUGCUAUCUAUCCACGAAAAUAAUCCGAUCCCGAUGUGGCAAUUGCUCGUGGAUAACGGAGCCAGGCUUGAUUCUGUUGAUUUUAAUGGAUCGACGGUUUUGGAUCAGGCCAGGCAAUUUAAUUAUACUGAGGCAAUAUCGUUCUUAUGCCAGGUGUUGGAAGAUCGGGGUAUCAAAGAGCAAUGA